AAUCCUCCCAGAUUCCUAGAGCGGACGGGGUGAUGGCGAGUUCGCCCAGCGUGAGGCUUGACAGCGACCUGGAGAAUACGUCGAGGUAUGGGUGAUGUCGGCUCACGGAAGACCGAGGAACUCGAGUGGUCUCGCCUCCCAAGCGGCCUCGCAGCGCCGCCAGGGAACCGUGUGUGGUUUCUUGAGUCCGUGCAGAGUCAAGGCCGUCAGGGUCGCCGCGGGGCGCGGCUCCUGGGCACGGCGAGCUGGUCAGUUCUUGGCCUGGUGUGCGUUUGGUACCCGGUCAGCCGUUGCUCGGCCUUGGGGUCAGCUGAAUGAACACCAGAAACUUUUGGAGCUGGUGGAAUCGGGAAGGUGGAUGCAUCCACGCGAAUCAGCCGGCUGUGCAGAGAGAGCAACCAGAAUGUCCCAGUGGUGCCCGGUUGCUGCCAGGUCUCACACCCCUACCUGGACAAGAAAAGCUUACUGAGGAAAUGGUGAUUCUCCAGUUGCUCCCUGAGGUGUCAGGUGUCCAGUUGCAGCCUAUGGAGAUCCAGUUCAAUUAUGAAUCUCAAGAACACCACCUUCUGUCAGAUGGUGAGACUAAGGCCAAGAUUGGAGAACUGGCUUCAGAGGAGGAAAUUACUGCAAAAAUUGAACCAUUGACUGAAGAGUCUGGCAGUCUCAGAGACAGUGUUGGCCAGGAUUCUGAAUGCAGAGAAUUCUGUGACUGUGGGGAUAAAUUAAAUGGAAAGAAUCACAACCUCCUUAAAAGAAGACAGUAUAACUGUGAUGAAUGUGGGCAAAGCUUUUCUUGGAGUACAGGCCUUAUUAGGCAUCGAAGAACCCAUUGGGAGAAACCCUAUGAAUGUGAUGAAUGUGGAAAGGCCUUUAGUGUGAGCUCUGCCCUGGUUUUGCAUCAGAGAAUUCAUACUGGGGAGAAACCCUAUCCUUGUAAUUGGUGUAUUAAAAGUUUCAGUCGUAGCUCAGACCUUAUUAAACAUCAAAGAGUCCAUACUGGCGAAAAGCCUUAUAAAUGUGAUGAAUGUGGGAAAGCCUUCAGUCAGAGCUCGGAUCUUAUUAUACAUCAGAGAAUCCAUACGGGAGAAAAACCCUAUCAGUGCAAUCAUUGUAGUAAAAGUUUUAGCCAGCGCUCAGACCUGGUUAAACAUCAGAGAAUCCAUACUGGAGAGAAGCCUUAUACAUGUAGCCAGUGUAACAAACAUUUUAGUCAGAGUUCUGAUGUUAUAAAACAUCAAAGAAUCCACACUGGUGAGAAACCAUAUAAAUGUGAUGUGUGUGGGAAAGCCUUCAGUCAGAGCUCAGAUCUUAUUCUACAUCAGAGAAUCCACACUGGGGAGAAACCAUAUCCAUGUAAUCAGUGUAGCAAAAGUUUCAGUCAGAACUCAGACCUUAUUAAACAUCGAAGGAUCCACACUGGAGAGAAACCCUAUAAAUGUAAUGAAUGUGGGAAAGCUUUUAAUCAGAGCUCAGUCCUUAUUCUGCAUCAGAGAAUUCACACUGGAGAGAAACCCUAUCCAUGUAAUCAGUGUAGCAAAACUUUCAGUAGACUUUCAGAUCUUAUUAAUCAUCAACGAAUUCACACUGGAGAGAAGCCUUACCCGUGUAGCCAGUGCAGUAAAAUGUUUAGUCGAAGAUCAGAUCUUGUUAAACAUCAUAGAAUUCAUACAGGUGAGAAACCAUAUGAAUGUGAUGAGUGUGGGAAAACCUUUAGUCAGAGCUCAAACCUUAUCCUACAUCAGAGAAUCCACACUGGAGAGAAACCCUAUCCGUGUAGUGAUUGUACUAAAAGUUUUAGUCGUCGUUCAGAUCUUGUUAAACACCAAAGAGUACACACUGGAGAGAAACCAUAUGUAUGUAAUAAGUGCAAUAAAAGUUUUAGUCAAAGCUCAGACCUCACUAAACAUCAGAGAGUACACUCUGGGGAAAAGCCCUAUCAUUGUGAUAGUUGUGAGAAAGCCUUCAGUCAGAGUUCUGACCUUAUUCUUCAUCAGAGAAUUCACACUGGAGAAAAACCAUAUGCAUGCACACAGUGCAGCAAAAGUUUCAGUCAGAACUCAGACCUUAUCAAACACCAGAGAAUCCAUACUGGAGAAAAACCAUAUAAAUGUAAUGAGUGUGGGAAGGCUUUCAGUCAGUGCUCAGCUCUUAUCCUACAUCAGAGGAUCCACACAGGGGAGAAACCAUAUCCAUGUGAUCAAUGUGGCAAAAGCUUUAGUCGGCGCUCUGAUCUCAUUAACCAUGGAAGAAUCCACACUGGUGAAAAUCCAUAUAGAUGUGAUGCAUGUGGGAAAGCCUUCAGCACAUGCACUGAUAUUAUUGAACACCAGAGAAUCCACACUCGGGAGGAACCACACAGGUGUGUUCAGUGCAGCAGAAGUUUUAGCCAACUCUCUGAUCUUAUUAAUCAUAAGAAAGGCCAUUCUGAGGAAGACAGGCUAAACGAGAUGAAUGUGGGAAAACCUUUAGUGUGUACACCAACUUUAUUCAGUACCAGAGAUACUAUACCAGAAAAAAAUCUUAUGAAUGCUAUUGAUGAUUAUGAAAAAGGUUUUAAUCAAUGCUCAACUCUUGUGCUACGUUAAAAACAAAAACCAACACUGGAGAGAAAACAUUAAUUCAUUUUUUAUAAUGAAAGUUUAACUCAGAGCUCAGACAUUACUAAACUUAGGAAAAAUUCUGAGGAGGAAUCUUGUGAGAAAACCUUCAAUGUGAAUAAAAAUUUUAAUGAAUGUCAGCAACAAUGGAAAGAAAGCCCUAUCUGCUAUAAUGUAAGAAAAGCUCUAGUCUUUUAUUAAAAUAAUCCACAAGAGGAAAGUUUUAUUGCUGUAAGAAACGUAUAACAUUAUUGAUGCAGAACCUUAUCAGAUAUUGUAAAAAUCAGUGUGGUGGGGUGUGCAAUCAGAACUCAGCAGGAAAUGCAUUAGUGUUAUAAUCUCAAGCCUGUAGUGAGCCCAAAUUACAUAUUGCAUAUCACAGAAGUUAUUUUAGGGAAUGUGGGGAAAAUUUAAAUCCCUUUCAUAUCUUAAUUGGCAUUCACUCUGCUAUCACACUUAUCUCCUGACAGCUGGAGAGUCCUAUCUUAUGCUAAUGCUAGUUGUCUAUCAUUAAAUUCCUUGUAUGUGAACAUGCUAUGCUAUUCCAGUAUCAAACUUAACUCACUGUAUAACUCCAGUGCCCCAUUUUCUCAGAAUUUUUUUUUUUGGCCUAGUUUUAGUUUUCCUAGUGAGCAUGAGUUUUCAAUUUCCUGUGAUGUUCACAGCAAAUAUGAAUUUAUUUUCCUCUCAAAAAUGCAGCACAUAAACUUGAGUGGUUUGAAAUCAUUUCAUCAGUUCUACCAUUUAAUCACAGCUUCUAAAUAUGUGAAAUAGGAUUUUCAAAAAAAAAAAUUGCAUAUGUCAAAAUGUGAAGAUUUCUCUACUACUCUGUUUAUCUUGUCAUCUAUAGAUUGAACAAAAAUGGUAGCUAAAGUAAUAUCUACAUGACUAAUUUGUAUAGCAUUUUCUGUCUAAAAAUAAAAAGACCUAUUGGUCUUUUUUUCAAGUGGCAACUUUCAUCAGACUUUGUUUUGUUUGUUGAUUUCUGACAUACAUAUUGAUAAUAGGCUACAUAUAUGCAAAGUUUUCAACUG